AUGGCUUCCGCACUCUUCUUUCUCGACCUCAAGGGCAAGACCCUCCUGGCCCGAAACUACCGGGGAGACAUUCCCAUGUCUGCGGUGGAAAAAUUCCCGAUCCUGCUCAGCGAAGCCGAAGAGGAAUCAUCAGCAGUUCCACCAUGCUUCUCCCAUGAGGGAAUCAACUAUCUCUACAUCCGCCACAACAACCUCUACCUCCUCGCCCUGACAAAACGCAACACCAAUGCCGCCGAGAUCCUGCUUUUCCUUCACAAGAUCGUCGAGGUCUUUACCGAAUACUUCAAAGCCUUGGAGGAGGAGUCGAUUAGAGACAACUUUGUCAUCAUCUACGAGCUCCUCGACGAGAUGAUGGAUUUUGGUUAUCCACAAACCACCGAGUCCAAGAUCCUUCAAGAGUACAUCACACAAGAAUCACACAAACUCGAGAUCCAGGCCCGUCCGCCAAUCGCCGUCACCAACGCCGUCAGCUGGCGUUCUGAAGGAAUCCGGUACCGCAAGAACGAGGUGUUUUUGGAUGUGGUCGAGUCUCUCAACCUGCUGGUGUCGUCCAACGGCAACGUGCUUCGGUCAGAAAUUCUAGGUGCCAUCAAAAUGAAAUGCUACCUCUCGGGCAUGCCAGAGCUCCGCCUUGGCCUGAACGACAAGGUCAUGUUUGAGACAACUGGACGGACGACACGAGGCAAGGCCAUCGAGAUGGAGGACGUUAAGUUCCACCAGUGUGUUCGCCUUUCACGAUUCGAGAACGACCGCACCAUCAGCUUCAUCCCCCCUGAUGGUGAAUUCGAGCUCAUGUCUUACCGCCUGAACACUCAGGUCAAGCCACUGAUCUGGGUCGAGUGCGUGGUCGAGUCGCACAGCGGCUCGCGUAUAGAGUACAUGCUCAAGGCCAAGGCCCAGUUCAAGCGCCGUUCCACCGCCAACAACGUAGAGAUUGUGGUGCCGGUGCCGGACGACGCCGAUACACCACGGUUCAGGACCAACAUCGGCAGUGUGCACUAUGCGCCGGAGCAAAGCGCCAUCGUGUGGAAGAUUAAGCAGUUUGGUGGCGGCAAAGAGUUCCUGAUGCGGGCGGAGCUGGGUCUUCCGAGCGUCAGGGGCGAUGAUGAGCACGGUGGAGGCAUGACGGGUGGUUUUGGUGGUAGCAUGGGUGGCGUUGGUGGUCCUGGCAAGGGCGGAAAGAGGCCGAUUCAGGUCAAGUUUGAGAUUCCUUACUUUACGACAAGUGGGAUUCAGGUGAGGUAUUUGAAGAUUACAGAACCAAAGCAGGCCGCCAUGUCCCGGCCCUGGCACUUACGGAAAACUCCAAAGGUCUACUACUGCGUAGACUUUCCACAAGAUGACCUCCCCGACGGCCCUUUUGAUGUCGUCACCGGCAGAGGUCUACAGCCCGUCCUCCCGUUCCCCGGCGACGGACCCGAGCAAAACUACAGGGUGGACCUGGCCGCGCCGGUGGUGACGGUGCCUUUCCAGACCAGGGAGCUGAGCCUCCGCCAACGGCCUGCUCAGCUCGGCAGCGAAGCAUCAGCCCCCAACGACCUGGACCGUUUCGUCCAGGCGCAGAGCAACAACUGCUACGAGACGGCGCUGGAGGAGAUGCGCGCCGGCGCAAAGCGGUCGCACUGGAUGUGGUACAUCUUCCCCCAGCUGGCGGGCGUCGCGGCCAGGCCGUCGCUCACCAGCGCGAGGUACGCUGUGCGCGACCUGGCCGAGGCGGUCGAGUUCCUGCGCCACCCGGUGCUGGGGAGGCGGCUGCGCGAGAUGGUGGCCGUCGUUGCGGGCAGCGAGGCGGGAACGGCCGUGGCGCUGAUGGGUAGCCAAGUGGACGUGUUGAAGCUGCAGAGCUGCAUGACGCUGUUUCGGCGGGCGGAGAGGGUACUAUACGGGAGGGGAUAUGCUCUGACGAGGGAAGACGAGUACUGGGCAGUGCUGAAGAAGUAUUACAACGAAGAGGAGUGCAAUAAGACGGUGCAGAUUCUGGGAUGA